CUUAAAAUGGCGAACAGCUGUCACCCAUGGUGGACUCCAACGGACUGCUUUCUCCAGAUCUGCAGCUCUGGAAAGGCAGCUUGCAAGAGGGAGGGAGUUGUUUCUGCCAAGGGUUGGCACGUAUUUCGAGUCACGAAAAGUGCAGCCAUGCAAUGAUUCGAGGGUUGGAUACCCGUGGAGUUCGGGCGUUCCUUCCCUAGGCAGUCUGUCGAAACCUGAAGAAGCAAUUGAAGUGUUUGUUUGAGGAGAACGCCACAGCAGGGCAAAGAAGCACUUCUUUCUGGCCUCCCUCGUAUGUGGCUGUCGGUGUUUGUGAAAAGAUUCUGCUUGCGCAUUUCUGUUGAUUUUCUUCUUGUUCCAAGGUGCAUCCAAUCACCUCAAGGACAGUCGGCGUUUGCAUAGAUCUGAGGGCCGCAAGCAAUCGGGACAGAAACAACAAGGAGUCUAGCUUUUGCAGGACACAGCUUUGUUCAAAUUUCCUAGUUUCAGCUCUCAGCAGGUUCUUAGUAAAUCAGAGAAGUCCAUUUCAGUCGAGAGAAGUCCAAUGAGAUAGCAUUAGCGGGUGCACUUCAGAGGCCUGUUGAUCAGUCUCACCGUCAUGGCCACAGCCAUACAUUUCUCUCAGCUGCACGUUGGCCACUUAGGAGCGGCACAUGGCUUUCAGAACUCGUGGCGGAAAGAUGUCGUCAAUGCCGGCGGCCGUGUCAAACCGUCCCGCCCCCCCCUGCGCAAAAGCACUCCCUUGCUCCCUCAGGGCCCCUCGCUGGCGCCCCCGGCCAUCUGGAACCCAGGCCUGCGCUUUUCCAGGUUUUCUUCCUCGAGCCUCUCAAGACGGGUGUUGUUUUCACACCAGCUGGGAUCUCCCGGGUCCGGUGGAAACUGGGAGCGACUCUCUCGGUCUCCUUCUGCGCCUGUGCACAAGCUUCUCCAGAGCCAGCCGUCGAUCAAACCCCUAAGCCCUAAGCCCCUAAACCCCGGGACACCCCUCAGCAUAAAGCGGACCAUCUCUGGUGCGCUUAGCCUCUCAUCAGUGGAAGCCUGCCUGGAGCGUGCGCCGUCAUCCAACAUCGCGAUGCUUGAGCAGUUGCUAAAAGAAAGUGUGAGUGAGGCGCAGAUUGAGAAGCCCCCCCUGCAGCGAAGACACUCGUCCGCACCCCUGGCAAAGCACAUGGCGCCUUGGGAAGAAAGGAGUAGGUCGCACUCAGAGGCGCAGAGCUCGCAGGUGCCAGGGGUGUUGAGAGAGGGGAUGGCGGCACCGCGGAAGCGGGAGCAGUGGCAUCCGAGCAUCGGAACUCACCCUGAGAUGCAGGAGGGGGAUGACCUCCAUUACUUUGCAGAUGCGCCACGCCCCCCGCCAAACCUCGACGGCGGCCACUUUGACCCCCUGGGACUGAACCCUCCCGCCCCGGAACUGUUACCGCAAACCCUGAUCAACAAGCUGCACAUCCCUGAAGCUCGCAAGGGGCUCCCGAACACCGUGCAAGAUAUGUACCAGGGGUUGCUUAAGCAGAAGUGGCCGGCGUUCCUGGGGUCUUUGGUAGCGGCGCCAGCGGCCUUGAGCGCGGCGUUCACGGCUUUUUACCUGUUGGAUCCAGGGGGUUUGGCACUGGACGAUAGCAUCAUGCAGUCGGCGAGUGCGAGCUGCGAGUUUGCGGCGAUGGGAGCGCAGGCAAUGGGAGUGGACCAAGCUCAGGGGAUCAACUUCUUCAGCUUCUUUGAGGCGUUCAUGAUGAGCCUGGGCAUGAGCACGGGCGUAGAUCCGGUUGUGCACGCGGUCAGCCCGUACACCAUGGUCAUUGCGCAGCUGAACGGAAUGGCCUCGCAGCUGAUGUUCGUCCUCUUGAGCGGCGCCGUGUUUGCGCGCUUCUCGCAGCCCGCCGAGCCUAUCGCCUGCUCCAAGAAGGCGGUCGUCACGAGCCUGCCUACAACGCCCCGGCAACGGAUGCUCGCGCUUCGAUAUGCUGUCCAGCAAGAACUGGUUGACGUAAAGGUCGACAUCACGGCCACGCGAACCGUCAAAACGGAUUCCGCCGGCGGCUGGGCCCGGACGGAACAGCCCCUGAAGCUCGUCCGAUCAGGGGCGGCGUACCAAAUCGAGGGCAUGGUUGUACAACACAUGAUCGACCCGGAGAGCCCAUUGUACGGCCUUAACCAAGCUGGGUUAAGAGCGCAGGACGUCAAGCUGACGUUCAGCGUCGUGGGCUUGGAGCGCGCGUCGAUGCAGUCAGUGGUUCACAUAGAGGAGUACUCUGCAAAGGAUGGGACGCUCAUAGCAAUCGGUUGAGCCUCGGGGUUUCUGCACCGGGGCGCUUUGUAUAGUGGUUUUGAGGUAACGUUUGUGGCGCGCGCACUCAAUCUUAGUAGAAUUGCAUGAUAAUGAACAGGUCCCGUUUUGCCGAUACUUAUAAACUGUUUAGCUAGCUGAUUAAAAGAAGCGGAGCGAGUACGGAUACACCGUGCGGCUCAGGUGACAAGAGAAGCAUUCCAAUGUUCCCCAGAAUAAAGCUUAGCUUAUAGACGCGUCCCCUUUGUGAAUUCUGUGUAACAAUUGCAUCCACCAUUGUGAUGCAACAUAUAAGUUGAAUCAUGGGUUUGA